CGAGGAAGCGGGAUGGUUAAGAGGUUUGUGGAGGUGUGGAAUUCGGGCCAGGGUGAUGAUGAGUGAUGCGUUUUGGUCUUGUGCGAUGAGAGUUCGAUUAGGUUUUUAAUGACGUGAUGUCAGUGGAUUGUAGUAUGAGGCGUGGUGAAGUGCAGGUACUAAUGUGGGUCGUGCUUAGUUUCGGGUUUGUGUCGUUUUGUGAUGCGAGAUUGCGUUGUUUUCCGUUAAGGAACACCGCGGGGUAUUGAUCAUUGGGUUAGCGAUAGCCCUGAGUUCGGAGGAUGAGUGCAAUGUUUGUACUGAGGUUAUAGCUUGGUAGAUUUCGUCUGGUUUUUCUGCCGGCGUGUGCGUGCAGAGGAUUUGGUAAUCUCACGAUCGGUUCCAUGUUUGAUUCAUCUCCUACUCCUCUGUAUACUCUGUUCUUUUAGCUUCCAUGCGAUGAUUAUUGGAUACAAUUGCUUCGAGCGAGUUGUGACUCAGAUGCGUAGUCAUCGUAGAUUGAUGGGAAAGCGGUAUGGGCAGUUGCUGAGCUUUUUCCGUAGAGCGUGUUGGAAGGUUCCCCUCCAAGCAAGUGUGACUUUACCCGACUUGAUUUUCUCUUACAAGUUUUAAUGAAAGAAUAAACAAUCUUUGAUUGAGACAUUGGAGCUUGAAGCCGGUGUACAUGCCUGUUGUAGCCCUCUCGCUUUCCAAUCGGCGGAUGCUGUUAAAUUCGUCGUGUAAUAUGAAAAUUGUGAUGCAGGAAGACUGCGUACGAGGAUGUCUGGAAGUCAUGACUUGUCAUCUCCAUACUCAGGUGUGUUGCCGCGAACCUAGUGUCCUUCCUUGAUUCAUCAACCGUCUUCUGUCCGCUUCUGGUAACCUUCUGAGCAGCCGAUUUUUACUAUGAUGCGUUCCAUCCAUUUGAGGUUCAAUGUAGCUUCAUCAUUUACGGUGCUCCUAGCACAUUAUUUUUUUCCCUUUUUAAGAGAAUGGUCCCGAUUCGUUCUGUAUCGUAGCAGAGUCUCAGUAUCCUAGUCUAGAAUGAUGUGGUUUCGCCAGACUUAUUCCUUCGCUUUAGAUUAAGAUGGCUUCACUGUGCUUAAGUAGUAGUUUUGUAACUGUAUUUACCUUGUCUACUAUGAUCUUAAAUUCACGUCUUUUCUUUUCCUUUUUCUUCUCUGUUUUUUCUUUUCAUAGCAAUUUGAAGGCUUGACUGUUGUCAAACUUGAUCCUAUGGGUGUGAAGGGUCUUGCUGAUCGUUGUGAUGGACAGUAGCGGGCGCUUCAUAAUUUUUUUCUGAAUUUCUCUCUCCCAGUUCCAGUUGAUUCAAAAUUAGCCGGGAAUCCUCCUGUUCGAUUUGUACGGGUUGCAAGGAGGAACUGAGACGUCCAGUUUCCAGGAAUCCUGGUUUAUGAACUGCAUUCUCGAUGGAGAGUUUUGCAACACCGUAUCCAGUAGUAUUUCAUGAUGGGGAUCAAGAGCAUGAUAAAGGUGUUGUAGGCGUGCACUCUGUUCUGUCGUUCAAACGGUUUCAGGCUCUAAUAAGUCAAAAAACAGGUAUUCCUGCCAAUCGGCUUUCAGCAGUAUUGUUUGUCGCAGAACAUUGAAGGAUAAAGAUAAGCACCAAAAACUUUCUAUCAAUGAGAACACAAAUUUUAAUAUCAUUUUAAACCAGCACAAUCCAAGCAGAGAAAAGGAUUGCCAUUUUCUUAUUUCAAUCAAGAAGUCGAAGAAGGAAUGAAAAGGCACAAGGAAGCGUAAUGCAGAAACAGAGAAUGCAGAUGAUGACAAUUCCAAUUCCAAUUCCUCGAGAGGAGAUUUAUCGCCUUCAGAUGAACGACCUAACCCCAGCAUUGCCAUGGACGAACCUCUUUCUCCCCAUUUCACGUCUCCACCUGUUUACUCACAGAAGUUCUCUUCUUCACCUAGCACUGCUUCACCAAAUGAAAAUGGGCAGACGAUCAACAACAGCUCACUGAAUGGAAAAGUUAUCCUGGCAGCACGUGAAGGCAAAGUGGAACGGACCCUAAGUCAGGAAGGAAUGGGACAGAAUGGUUUCGCAAGUCCACGGCCAGGGUGGCAGAAUGGAAGGAUACUGAAUCAGCAAGUCGAUGGUGUAAGUCUCCCUCCAGCUGGGAACGGGGAGAGUCCUCAGUCUUCACAUGUUCAUAAUGUAGAGGGGCGGCGGAAGAUGGAAAACAAGGCCUGGGGGGCACAGGAAAAUGUCGCCGAUCUUUGCAGACAAUCGGAGAGAAUGAACGCUCACGGUGCUGGUCAACAGCCUCAGCACCACCUGCAAGAAAGAUUCAACGAUUCUAUGCCUCGGGCCUCGAGUGUUAGACCCAGUUCUACUGGAUUGACAAGAAACACUGUGCAAGCAAAUAAUUACACCUCCCGAUGGUCAACUUUCUCACCAACCUCUAUGUCAAGAGCUUCUCAAUCUCCCACUAGGGGAGCAUCUGUCAAUUACUCACCUAAGAUGGUAACAGGGCAAAGCAAUUCGUUGAUGCUGCAGCAGGCCCAAGCACACAUGGCUCAGGCGCAAUAACAUCAACAUUCAGCAGCAAUGUCUCCUCUGGACUUUUCGAAACUAUCUGGUGUCUUUCGGAGUUUGAUGGGGAGGAAAAAUAGAGUAGAAAUUCGGGGAUUAUGUAAACAAUGCUGCUUAUGGCAGGAAAGGAACGUUGCGGAGCCUCCCUUUCACUGGUGUGUGAACGACACCAUCACCAUGGGGUUCAGGGGUUCCUCCUCAGCCGGGCCUAUGGGCAGACCUGGAAGGCGGCCCGUGCAAGCGGCCAUUUAGGUGAGAAGGUGGAACCUGUGAACAUUUCCGAGUGCAUGUGUGACGCAUCCCAUGUUCGUAUAGAUACUAACUGGUUUGCAGUUCUGUACCUGUAUUAUAACCUUGUGAUCACCAAAAGCAGUACUACAUCGAUGAUAAACUUGUUUCCUGUGUGUAUUUAGCAAUUCGGAACGAUGGCGGUAUUAAAAAUAAAAAAUAAAGUAAAAAACUCCAGUUCAGGAAUUCUUUCCUGAUCUAUGUUCCUUCUGACUA